AUGCAGGAUGCCGUGCGGGGGCUGCUCGACGCUGCCGCGAUCCUCACGGGCGACCGCGAUGCUGCUUUGCACAUUGAGCGUGCGAAGCGCACGCGCGAACAGAUAGCUACGGGCGAGGGACGCGAAGCCGGCAUGCGACACACUUUGCAGCAGCGCCUCGACCACUUUGCCAAGACACCGCUCUACACAGAACUGGCUGGCGAGCUGGGGGGCGUGCUGUAUGCAAAAGAGGAUGCGACACUCGAGCAGGUGCAGCGGAAUACGGGCUGGUUCGCUCUCGCAUGCACGGACCGGAUCCACACAGUCGCACAGACACCACAGACACCCACGCCAGGAAAAGAACCCGUGGCGCUGCUGGGUGCGCGCGACCUGGCAGUGAUCAAACAGCUGCUCACUGCGAGCUUUGCGUGGCUCGUUGUACCGCUCAUCGAGCUGUACGACACAACGUUCGAGGUCAUGCAUCCGUCGACGCUGCACGAAGACAUGUCAGACAGCACACGCUUGCACGAGGCCGACGAUGACGACGCACUAUGGGAUACGGUAAACAAGCAGCUCGCGCGUAUCAUCGGCAUCUUUGCCAACUUGUUCCGGCGCGCCACCGAUCCGGUGUCCAACACGGCGCUGCCGGUCUCCCAGGUGGCCCGGACCGACGUCGCUGUGCUGGUCCUGCGCAUCUACUUUGUAGACGUGCUCCGCGUGCUCGUCCGCAUUGCAUUUGGGCCUGCGACCAGCGGCCUCACCGCGCCCGUGGAGGCGGCUCAAGACGAACUGCACGGACUGCUCGAAGCUUUGCCGACAUCGAUCGACCUCGCCGCACUGCGCAGCGUGCCGACAGUCAGCGCGCUAUCGUCGCAUCUGCGCAGCGGCGCACCGAGCACGCCCAGGUUUGUGCGUGAGCACUGUGCGCGCCUGCUUUCGCUGCAGCUGCUCCGGCCCGAGGGCGUGCGUACGUUGCUCAUUGGCAUGCUCGGCGCGAACGAGGCCGACAUGCUCAGUGGCGAUAUCGGCGACGAGCUCGGCGAGGGUGAUACCACCUUUAAACGUCUGGAGGGCGCGACAAAGCUGCUGACGACACCGCCAAAAGGAAUGGAGCGCAGCCGCUACUAUGCUGAAAUGAUCCCGCACGUUUUGUCGGUGCUCGACCCAGUCACGCAGCCAAACACGACGCCUGUGCAUGGCAUGCACCGUCGUGCUGCUGCCUUUACGCUGAUGCGCAUGGUUGAGCGCAGCCCGACGGCGGUGCAUGCCUCGCUUGAUCCGGUGAUUGGCGGCGUGCUGCUGGCCAAGGUGGCCGGCGCUGCGGACGUCGACCGUGCGCUGCGUCUGCUUGCUUCAGCCGUCUUGCUUGCGCCGCCUUCGGCGGACUUUAUCCAUUUUAUGGUAGCCCCUCUGGCGCUCCGACUCUUGAAACUGGACACGUUCUUCGAGAGCGACCCCAAGGCAAAAGUCGAGACGAUGUCGGACGAUGCACGCUCGCGAGCGACCCAAAAGAACGAGGUGAACGAAACGCUGCACAUCUGGCUGCGCCUCGGCGCGGCUGCCGAGACGGCACAAGCGAUCAGCACGGCGCUUCAGGCUGCGUGCACGUCAGAUGGCGCAGCUUGGCAUGAUACGAAUGACGGCGUCGAGAUCGUCCCGGAAGACCCUCGCUCUGACGUCGAUUUCCGUGGCCUCCUCAAAGGCACCGUACUGACCAUUGAGCAGCUCCAGCAGCAGCUGUCCUUGACUGAGGGCGACGAGCCCCAUAUGCCAGCCGACCUGGUGCAGUCGCUCUCGUUCCCUGUGCUUCCGCAGCGCGUGAGUGCGCUUCUGAAACGGGCGCAGCGCCAGGAUGUGGCCAGCUCUCUCCUCCUCACCUCGCUCGAGAGCUAUUCACGGACCCAGACGCAGGCCACGUCCCAGAUCACGGUCGACGAAGCAAGUCCUGCUGAGCUGGAGCAGCGCUCGGUCUACUACCUGCAGCUCAUCGGCCAACUUCUCGAGGCGUUUGGCGCCAAGCUGCUCGACGGAGAUAUCGAUCGUGUCUUGCGCUUUAUCGACUAUGCAUGCACGCAACAUACCCCUCAUACGCCGGCAGACACAAAGGAAGCACCGAGCACGCUCGAUGCGCUGCGCAAUAUUCAGGACCAAGAAGAGGACGCGCCCGGCGCCGAGCACGACUGGGAGCUGGUCAACACUGCACUGAACCUCUUCUUGUCACUGCUCGAAGGGCACACGGAGCUCGUGCCGCAGACUACGCCGAUGCUCCAGGUCCUGCGCCACAAGGUCGAGGGCCUCCGCGAUGCGCCCGAUGCCGAGGUACGUGCGCUGUCGCAAGAAGUCGUACUGGUCCUCAGCGCACGGCAGCAGCAAGCAGCGCCUCCAAGCAGUACGGCCGUUCGGCCCAAGUACCUCGAUGUGUACCAAGAGGCGCUGCAGUACCUGCAAGACCCGAUUAUCCCCGUGCGUGCGCAUGGUCUGCACCUCUUGUCGCAGCUUGUGUCCAAGGACAAGAAAGUACACAGCGAGUGCUACGGCGACGAGCUCGAUCCUGCCUUGCUCCCUGCGAUCUUUGACAUCUUUAUGAAUGCGAUCCAAGACGAGGAGAGUUUCCUCUACUUGAACGCGGUCAAAGGUCUGGCGCAGAUGGCGGCGCACUGGCGCGAUGCGACGCUCCGUCCGCUCGUUGCACUGUACGUCGGCGGCGACAAGACACAGAACGGCAUGGCCUGUGCGCUCGAGUACGGCCAGGAACUCAGCCAACGCGAAACGGACAAGCGUUUGCGCAUCGGCGAGGCACUUCUGCAAGUGCUGCAGCACUGCGGCGAGGCAAUUGUGCCGGCCGUGGCCCUGAUUGUGAAUCCGCUCCUGACGGCGGUGCGCAAUCCAGUGUUUUCCGCGACGCUGCGCAGCUCGUUUAUCUCGAUCCUCGGGACGUGCGUCGAGGUCGCGCCGACGGCGCUCGCUUCGAGCGGGGCGUCCGAAGACAUGGCCCGCCUCUGUCGUGAGCUCGUCCAGGUCGAGAGCGUCCGUCGCCCGAUGAUGCGCAAAGCGCACGUCACGGCACACGUCACCGGCAAGGACGCCACAGGCGAGCAAAAGCGCACGGCGAUUGACGACGACGACGACGAGUGCGAAAAGAUGGCGGAAAAAGAGGGACAUGCGGGCACCGACGUGGACCCCAAGCUGCCGCAGCUCCGCCGCGCCGCGCUCCUGCUCCUGGCCGUGCUGCUGCGCUCGACGCGCCACCAACUCGAUGCCUUCCUCGACGCCCGCCAACACCAGCUCGAAGAAACGCCCGAGCCCGAAUCGCUCUCGGCGCUGCGUCUGCCUGGCGGCGGAAUGCUGCCCGAGACACGCCAGACGACAUCCAAGGUGCCGGCGCCGGUCCCCUUGCUCUCGAUGCAGGCGGCGCAGCACCUGGUCCCUGUGAUGAGCUAUGUGGCUACAGAAGACGUUGACGCACUGGUGCGCCAACAGGCGAGCGACUGCCUGGACGAGGUGCGCCUGCUCGAGUCGGCGCACAUCUCGGCACGCGCCGCCGGCCUUUCGUAG